AUCGCGUUUAUCCCUGAAGUCCCGAUAAGAGGUAGGCACCAUCCUUCAGAGAAACGUAUCAGCAAGUCAACCGAGUAUCCGAUUCUCCACAACUUCUUCGACAGUGACAAAUAGGCUCCUCUAUCAAAACCUCCUGAGGGCAAACCGAAUCAAUUCGAAUAUCUCUUGUCUGUAAAAAAAGGGUCUUCCAAGUCGACAGACCUCCACCAAUAUUUGCCCACCACUCGCCUGCAAGUUGCCAUUUCUAGCCUUGCGAAAUGCGGCAAUAAUGAAGAGAGGGGAGGUAAGAGAUGCAGGAAGCAAGAAUGGAACGACACAUCCCGGCCAGGUUGACGAAAUCAAAGAUAGGUUCGUGGAAAGGUAGUGGCCCAACCAUCGUCAUAAAACGCCGGGUUGGUUUCACCUGGCCCACUCGACGAAGCACGUGAGAGUGUGGUGAUGGCACCACUACCAUAGUGGUGGUGGUGAUGGUGGUUGGAAUAGGUACAUGCAGACACUCAUACAAUGCUAUUCAUACACCGGCAUUGGAAACAGGGAGACGUCUCUGCCAUGCCAUCAGGCGAGGAAUCGUCCUCGAAACGUGUCAUCCUUAUUUUGAAGGCCUCAAAGCCCGCAAAUCAGCCUGGUCAUGUCGUCGGUCCCGGGGAUUGUUUGCUUUGAGCAUUGUGGUCAGAGAGUGUUUUGCUUGGAUGUGCCCCAAAUCUGUCCCGGAGGGUGUGGCACGGCCUUGAAGGAUUGUGAUUUUCUCUUAUCCCCGUUCCAAUUGCCCAGUCCGUUCUCGAAGGCUGUGGAAUAUCCGUGCUCGAUUGCCAUAAAACCCACGGAGGGAACCUUUUUGCGGGAUUACAGGAGUGGCCACAACCUUCAUAUCGGACUGACAGAUAGCCAAGGGAAAGUGCACGAAUUCGCCGAGUAUGGCCUUCAUUCAGACUCUAACGACAAUUGGCACCAAUGCAUCGUGAUCAACCUUCUGGCCAAAGAGUUCCAUCCUGUCAUAUCCGAUGAUCCCGAUUGGAAAGAAUAUUGGGAUUGGACCCUAGCGCAAGUGCUGGCCUCAGGUCAAUGGAACACCAAUACCUAUCACCGAGACGAGAUGAAUUGCUUCGAUUUCGUCCUCACCUUCCUAAGGUCCCUUCGACAGGAGCCUUUUAGCUCGUUGGCAAGGGAUAAAGUGGAUUUCUGCCAACGUGUGAUAUUGCCCAAAACGUCGUUGGCCGGCAAAUACAUUCGUCUCUUUCGAAAGCUAGAGGAAACCACGGAUGGGUUAUUCAUGAUGGAGAGAGGCCCAAAUCCAAUUAAUAGGACUUGUCGUCUCAGACAUGAGAAUGACUGUCCUUCUAGUACAUCGCAAGAGAAGCCAGCACAUUCGAGUUCGACGGUCGGGACGAGAGUUCUUCCAUCAUUCCAGAAGGAUGAGGAAUCACAUCACUCUUCUUGGCAAAGCUAAUUACUAAAGUUGGAGACAUAUCUCCUCCUUCUUCCACUACAGAUGUCGUCUACAACAAAACAAUCACCUAAGAAGGGAAUAACGAGCCUUUCUUCCAUGGUAUGCCCUUGCCUUCUUCAUUCCAAAGAACUGAGAGCUUGAUUUCAGUGUCAACGAGUGGUCAUCAAUAUCUCGAAAUGGGAGAGAGCGAAAAAAUCUUAUACCUUCAAGAUCAAAAUAUAUUGUAUGUUCAACAACGCCACGAUUUUGUGCUAUUUCUUGAACUCUCGAAUUCUUAUUACGAAGAUCUAUUAUGACACGUAAAUGAAUUUUCAAAACUUCUGUGAAGUUUCACGUUUCUUAAGAUUAUAAGCCUCUCAGAUCUUUGACCAUUGGCUAGCUUCAUCUCCUUUCCGAUACCUCUUUGACACGACAAUCAGGAUUAGAAAUCAUCA